AUGAUCGAGGACGAAAUCUACAAGGCUUCAACCCAGUUCCGGAUAUGGUCAUUCACGAAGGAAUCUCUACAUUCAUUGCGAGCGAAUACAAAUGCGGUUGCUAGUGAGCGUCUUCGCGCCGUGCAGCAUCGAGCACGCGAGGCACCCAGGUCUGCCACUCCGUCGACAAGUGGCAAUCUGACUCCCAACCCAAGCGACAAUGAAACAAAAGUGGAGGCUGUCCUUGGGAAGGAUAUUGAAUGUCUUUCCGCCGAGGAAGAGCUUAUGUUUGUGAGAUAUUAUUGCGAACAAGCCUUGGAGCUUGGGGACAAUUAUAAACCACCCUUACCAACUAUGGUCAGGGCAACCGCUAUCCAAUAUCUUCGUCGAUUUUAUCUUACGAAUUCCGUCAUGACCUACCACCCUAAGACGAUUAUGCCCUGCGCACUUUUCCUCGCUACGAAGACCGACAAUUAUUAUCUUUCCUUGCGCGAAUUCGCAAAAGCAGUGCCAAAGAUAGAGAAACCCGAAGAGGUCAUAGCUCCCGAGUAUACCUUGACCCAAGGCCUCAGAUACACGUUUGAUGUCCGUCAUCCUUUCCGCGGUCUCGAAGGCGGUAUCAUGGAACUCCAAGCAAUUGCCUUGGGUGAAGGGAAGCCUGCCCCAUAUCAUGCAGGACAGACAUCCGAAAGCAUGAAACAGGCAAUCCAUAGUAUUGCGCCGCUGUCUUCCUCGGAUAGAGUAUCUAUAUCUUCUCGGAUAUCGGCCGCCCAUGGGAAAGCACGAGAACUACUGAAGACGGCAGCACAAAUGACAGAUGCCUAUUUCUUCUAUACCCCAUCACAGAUAUGGCUUGCCGCUCUUUUUGUCGCUGACAAACCUCUCACUCAAUUCUACCUUGACACGAAGUUAGGACCAGGCGCGACGACGGUCGAUGCCGGCAACCCACUAGAAAUGAUUCGCACGAAGUUGAUGUCUACACUAUCCGACUGCUCGAUGCUAUUGGAGUCUUAUAGCCCUCUCUCGUCCAAUCCUGAGAUGAUUAAGGACCUGAAACGUAUAGCGAAGAAGGUAUAUCAAUGCCAAAUGGUUGAAAAAUUAGAUCCUGCAGCGCCCGGCAGCGGACAAAAACGCUCAACUGGGAAACUUCCUGGAGCUGAAGGUACAUCAGAAAGUGAACUGGAGAGAGCGGCUAAAAAACGUCGCCUGGAGCGCGAGAAGCGCGAACAAGAAAGCAAGGAUAUCUUUGGCGGAGAACUGGUGACGCAACGGAGCAAAACAGGUGAAAAAUGA